AUGAGUGCGACUAAAAAGACCAAUAGGCAACAGAUCGCUUGGAAAUGGGAGGAUCACGUUGAUGGGGAAGUUUUAGCCCAAUUGCAAAAAAUGCAAGGCGUUGAUUUGCAAGUUCCCGUUUCACUGGCGUUCCAGUGGUACUACAAUUAUUGCAUCGGGUGGCUUUAUAAUAUUUGCACAAGCUUUUGGACAUCAGAUAUCGGAAAGGCAAUGUGGAAAGAUAUCAAGUUUGAUGAGAGGCUUCUGUUGACGGAUAUGAAAGGUUUAGUACCAGGUGUGACAGGGGAAGAGGACGAGAACUUGUACUAUCAAGUUUUAGUUCAACUUCUACGUACUAUAUCACAGAAUAAGCAUGCUGUAUUUGAAGACUGGGAUGUCACCGUUAAGUACUAUUUGCGGGACGAGAAGGACGUCGCUUUCUAUGAUGGAGAUGUAUCAUUUUUGGAGUUGGGAGUAGCCGAACAAUUUGUGGUAUUGUAUAAGCUGAUUAAGCUCGUUGAACGGAAAAGUCUUGUAUUUAAGAACUACCUCUUAAAUCAUGAGUAUUUAUUUCAGUUUCCUCAAAUUUGGUUAGACGACCGUACAUCGUUUUUCAUUCUUCCUGGUAGUAAGAUUGUAAAAAAAGAGAUUCGCAAGCUGAAAGAUGUUGAACUACGCAUCCCAAUAAAGCUACAGAACUGCACUGUGCGAUAUGAAGAAUUCAAUGGCGAGUCUUUGGAUGUGGUUCAUUAUGAUUACGCACAAGAUAUCGAAACAUACUUGCAAGAUGUCGAUGUGCAUUAUACCGUAGUAGCCUACAACUGGGCUACAUUUUUGGAAUACAUAGGUAAUGUUGGAGACAAACAAUUACAGGAGUUUUUCAGCGAUUUUGUGCACUAUUCUGCGGCUAACGAACUCUAUCAACUAAAAUUGUGGAAUAAUAGAGUGAAAGAGAGGUCCAUGCAGGAGCUGAUUGUUAGGCGGAAACGUUCGUCUAGAUUAGUUGCCCGCGAGGAAGAAACGCAGCGGAAGCAAGUUGAGGAAUCCUGGCAUGAUAAACUCGAUGACAGAGACAGGUACAUACGCUUGAGGAACAAGUUAGUCGCGAAGCAAAGCAAAAAAGUAAAGGACGCAUUAUGGUCAAUUUUAUGGGAUAGAUUCGAGUAUGACAAAAAGGUCAAAAAAGUAAAAACGCGCAUUAUCUCGAAUGAUGACAUAGUGGGUGGUAAUCUUAGUGAAGAUAUUCCGAAGUCAUACCAAGUUGGUGAUUCACUACUAACACCCAUCGAGGAAGAUGUGCUGGACCAUGGUGAGACAUACAAGAACUUGAUUGUAGACAUUAGGCAGCCAAUGAACCCCUUGAACGUCGAAUGUCAAGAACUUACAGAUGAAUACUGCAUUACAAAGUUAGAUCUAAAAAAACUAGCCAAUCAUGGUAUUCCCACUGAUUCUUAUGAAGAAGACAGUAAGGAUUGGUACUUUCAAUGUCCGUGUGAUAUCGAAGGUAUCAACAUGGAUCCAGAAGAUGAGUCUCUGAACGGUUCUAACAUAAUAUGUUGCGACCAGUGCCUUAGGUGGCAACAUUGGGAUUGUCAGCACAAAAUAACUUUAGACUUUUUGUCCCGUGGACAUGAUACGCCUCUUACAAGUAAGGAUUUUUCAUUAGUGACAUUGGGUGUACCUAAUCGUAGGAAAUCUAGGCGAGCUACAGGUAGCGGAGAACCAGACCAUGAGUUUGAUCGUCCAACAAUGAAACGUAAGCCAAUAACCGAAGCUGAGAUUUUUAUUUGCACCUGGUGUUUAGCUAAGACAGAAGAAGACCUAAGGUCUAUAUUCAAACCCGAACUAGUUGCAACAAGAGCAAAGGAGAAAAAACAAGCUGAAGAGAAGGAGAAGAGAAGGUUGAUGAAAGAGAAGAAAAAGCGCGAUGAAUUAUUGAGGUUACAGCAGCAGCAGCAGCAGCAGCAGCAGCUGUAUCAGCAGCCGUUGCCAAACCGUCCCAUGUUUCAAUUGCAAUCCCAACGUGACCUACAGCCGAUACCGAAAUUGACGGAGCAACAGCACAAGGGACAAUUACAACAGCCUAAACAGGUGCUAUCUAUACCAACAACACCUGCUGCGGCCACUAGACCAACGCCCCAUUCGCAAUUGGCAUCUUGGAGAUAG